GGGGCAGGCAGAGCCCGGCGCCGCGCCGAGCAUGCGAGUGCCGUCGGGGCGGGCUGCAGCGGCCGCGGGGCGUCUGCGGAGGCAAGCCAGAGCCGGGGGCAGCUGCGGGCCGGGGCGGCGGAGCCAUGUUGCUGGCCUCCGCCGUGGUGGUGUGGGAAUGGCUGAACGAGCACGGGCGGUGGCGGCCCUACAGUCCGGCUGUCAGCCACCACAUCGAGGCGGUGGCCCGCGCCGGACCGCGGGCGGGUGGCAGUGUGGUGCUGGGCCAGGCCGACAGCCGCCUGGCGCCCUACAUCAUCGAUCUGCAGUCCAUGCACCAGUUCCGCCAGGACACCGGCACCAUCCGCCCUGUCCGGCGCAGCUACUAUGACCCAUCAUCAGCACCAGGCAAGGGAGUUGUAUGGGAGUGGGAGAACGACAGCGGCUCAUGGACACCCUAUGACAUGGAUGUGGGCAUCACCAUCCAGCGUGCCUAUGAGAAGCAGCACCCCUGGGUGGACCUGAGCGCCAUUGGCUUCUGCUACGUCAUCGACUUUGCCACCAUGGGCCAGAUCAACCGUCAGACUCAGCGCAAGCGUCGCAUCCGCCGCCGCCUUGACAUGGUCUACCCGCUGGUCUCGGGCACCCUGCCCAAGUCACAGUCCUGGCCGGCCAGCCCCGGGGCAGCAGCAGCUCCCCCAGUCCCUGCCUGCGCCUGUCCCCAGUGUCUCCUGGUCAUGAGCGUCAAAGCCACUGUGUCAGCUGCUGGCCCCGGCACUGCCACCCUACAGCCCCGUAAAGCCCCGCCUGUGCCACCCACCGCCCCUAAAGCUCCAGCCACAGCCCCAGGCACCAAGGCACCUGACGGUACAGCCACAGUGCGUGGCUCGCUGAAGCCGCUGGCAGCGCAGGGAGGUCGGCGGCAGGCAGCCAGCACGCCUGCACUCAGCUUGGCCGGCUCCACCGCCAGCCCCUCUGGCGCGGGCAAUGGCAAAGCUGCCCGUCCUGGCCUCGGCACCCUCAACCGCAGCCACCUCCAGCGCCUGGCUAUUGCCCAGUCCCGGGUGCUUAUUGCUUCUGGGGUCCCCACUGUCCCCGUGAAGAACCUCAAUGGCUCCAGCCCUGUGAACCCAGCACUGGCAGGGAUCACAGGGAUCCUAAUGAGCGCGGCUGGGCUGCCUGUCUGCCUGACACGGCCCCCCAAGCUGGUACUGCACCCCCCGCCCGUCAGCAAAAGCGAGAUCCAGUCCAUCCCUGGCAUCUCCCACACCUGCCGCAAGACCACAAAGAAGCAGGCCAAGAAGGGUAAAACCCCAGAGGAGGUACUGAAAAAAUACCUGCAGAAGGUGCGGCAUCCGCUGGAUGAGGACUGCACCAUCUGCAUGGAGCGCCUCUCGGCACCCUCUGGCUACAAGGGACCCCAGCCGGCUGUCAAGCCUGACCUGGUGGGGAAGCUGGUGAAAUGUGGACACGUCUUCCACCUCCACUGCUUGGUGGCCAUGUACAACAACGGCAACAAGGAUGGAAGCCUGCAGUGUCCUACCUGCAAAACCAUCUAUGGGGUGAAGACAGGAACACAGCCCCCGGGGAAGAUGGAGUAUCACAUCAUCCCUCACGCGCUGCCUGGCCAUUCAGAGUGCAAAACCAUCCGCAUCAUCUACAACAUCCCCCCAGGGGUGCAGGGACCGGAACAUCCAAACCCUGGGAAGAGCUUCACUGCCCGCGGCUUUCCCCGGCACUGCUACCUGCCAGACAGUGAGAAGGGCAGAAAGGUACUGAAGUUGCUGCUGGUAGCCUGGGACCGCCGCUUGAUCUUUGCCAUUGGGACCUCCAGCACCACAGGCGAGUCAGACACAGUCAUCUGGAACGAGAUCCACCACAAGACAGAGUUUGGAUCCAACCUCACCGGCCAUGGCUACCCUGACAUCAACUACCUGGACAAUGUCCUUGCUGAGCUUGCAGCCCAGGGCAUCACAGAGGAGAGCCUGGCACAGGAGAAGGACUGAGAUGGCAGCAGGGAGGCAAGGGAAGGGGUGCCUGUGCCCUUCUUUUGCUGUCCCCACCUCUCAAGGAUAAAGCUGCUGGAGAAACUCACCUGCAGGCUUUGCAGAGGGCACCUAGAGGCCCCCAGUCCUGGUGGCACCUGCCCAGGGGGAGUAUCUCCAGGCUGGCCAGGAAUGUAGGAGAAGGUCCGUUAGGUUGUCCCCUUCACUCUUGCAGGGAGGGAGCCACAGUGUUCUAUGCUGGCCUGGCUGUACCCUCUUCCUAGUGUCCUGUCCCCACUGCCACCAUGAUGAGGGCUUGAGGGGUGCCAGAAUGCCCUCCUUGUGCGUGGGAUGAUGCCAGUCUGGCUUCAUGCCCCUGACAUCCACCUGGCCAUGGGACCUGGCCUAGGGUGGGAGUGGAGUCUGUGGGAGUCCCCCUUCCUCUGCAUUGUCCCUCCACUGUCUACUCGUUCAUUAGUCCUGUCUGGUACCUCCUCAUGGGUCUCCUGUGUCUAUGGAGGGUGGAGGGCCCACAUCUGCCUCAGCUGGGCCCUCCAGCCCCAUGCCCUCAUCUCUUCUUGGCUGUGUCUGAGCUGUGCCCUGCAGGGUCCCCUUGCCUGGGCUGCAGCCCCAGGCUGUCCUGGGGAGGGGCUGAUGGGUGGCAGGAAGCAGGGGCGGGGGCAGAUGUUUCCUGGCUUGUUUCCCAUCUUCCUGUAGUGGGUUCCUUGAACUUGUUAUGGGGGUUCCCCCGUGUGACUCUUUAUAUACCUCAUCUUUUGGGGUUGUGUUGUAUCUAUGUGUAUAUAGGUGCUGGUGUCUGGGGAGGUGUUUGGGAUGCUGGGAGAGCGUCGUGCUGCGGCCAGGCUGGAGGCUGAGCCCCGUGGCACUCGGUGGAGAGCUGGGGGGAGCACCACUCCCCUACUGUAGGGAACCCUCACCCUGAAAAGGGGUCAGUGCCCCACAGUGGGGCUGUCGCCAGUGGGUCCCUGUGGGGCCAGAUGCAAGUGUGUCCUCCCUUCCCACUGGGUCUUAGCACUAUCCCCAGAGGUUCCUGGGGAGGCCUUGAGGGGUGGCGCUGAGGUGGCUGGCUAGAAGUGGGCUGGCACAGUGGUUUUGUGCUGGGGCCAGGGUGGUUGAUGUGGGGAGGGGAACAUGGGUGACAGAGGGAUGGGUGUUGCAUGACGUCUUGGAGCCUUUGUUAGCCCCUGGGGACUUUGUAGGGCCUCUCAGAGCCUCUUACGAUGGAGGUCCGCAUGGCUUUGGUGACUACCCUUAAAGGUACUCUUCUGAUUGGUGGGGGCUGGUUGUGCUCAUGUCCCUAAUCUCACGGGAGCCCCAGGGUUGGAGCGUGAAGGGGGGAGUGCUGCCCAGGCUGCCCCCAGCCCUGCACCAUUGCUCCCAGGGCAGCUUGGGGUCUCCUAGCCUGUUUUGUUGCAUUCCCCUCCUGGUAUUCCUUGGGGGGAGGGGACAGGUUGUCACCUUGCCCUGUGUCCCAGGGGCUGGCAGUGCAGGAUGGUGGGGGGCCAUCCUGCUAUGCAUCGUUCUGUUGUCCUUGAUGUGUUUUCUUCUCCCUGGCCUGGGAAAUGUGUGUCAGCUCCAGCCAGCCUCUGCAGAGGGGAGAGGGGAUCAAUAAAGUGGAUGGCAGGGAACCUUUGCUGUCCCUGCACGGCCUGGCCUCUC